AGGUAGGAAGAUUCGCUGGAAUUAGAAACGCAGAUAAGUGUUUUAAAAUAAAGUUAAAAAGGAUGACGGCAAAAGGUCGCUGUCGCGGCAGUCGGGCAGUCAGGCAACGUUAGCUGGCAGUUAGAGGCGAAGAGGGAGGACGGGGAAGAGGACAGAGAAGGGAGGAGAGAGGAGGAGAGAGAGAGAGAAAUAGGGUAUUUCAUUGAACGCCCCCGGAAUUCGUCGGUGGAGCCCUCUUAGCUGUGCGGCGGAAGGUGGCAACGCUGCGUCAUCCUCCCUCCACCCCCGGGAUAGGGAAAGCGGAUAGGGAAGAGGGGAAGGAGACCGAGAGAGGAACGAGAGAAGGAGGGGAGGAGGGGAGGAGGGGAGGCGAAGAGACAGGGAGUCCGCGGGACUCACUGCUGCUGCUGCCGCGUCGAAACGUACGGAGUGCUCUCGCCGACUCGGAAAAUAUCCUCGCAAUAUCGAUAAAUAUGAUAACAUUGCUCAGUUCUGCACCCGGCCUGGAUUAGGGUUGCAGUUUGUGGCUCGCCGUAGUUGAGAUUGUCAUCGCUUAUCGCUUACCGAUUCGGAGUACCGCGAGUUUGAAUCGUGUGCAGGCCGUGGUUGAGAUAUCGCGAUGUGCCGCUGCUCCUGCUCCGUUUUGACGAAGGGGGUUCAUCGUGCGAAAUAUUAGGGGACGUCGCGAUACCCUCGAUCGCACACACUCGAGUCGUCGUCGGUGCACCCCCAAAGCUACCGUAGCUCGAGGAUUUUCCGACUCCCCCCCAAAUGAAAAAAGGCUCUCGCGGGUUUUCGGUGCAUCGCUGCUGCACACGCGAUUAUAUUUCUAUAUAGGCGAUUCGCGAUUCGCUUUUUUGUGUACGCGAUUCGAAAGAAGGAAAAUCCGUUGGAAUUGAAAACGUGCGGGGUAAUAUCGCUGUAGCGUACUUUUUCAUCGUCGGAGCGACCGCUCUCCGGUGUGUAUAAAUUUCGAGGAAUUAAUAUUAAUCGAUAGCCGAUAGUCUAAAUCGGACGCGAAAGCUCGCAUCGGCCCUCGAAAAUUGUUCGACGAAGAAACCGUUGCCGUUGGUGUAUUUUCCGCGAGUACGAAAGGACCAGAGGACGAGAGACGCUGACGUGCUCCAGGAACGCCGCAACAAUGAGAGAUGUCAAAUUCAAGAAAGAGGAAAAACGAGGGACGAACGCAUCGCGGGGAAGGCGAAACGUAUCGCGUUAACAUUCGUCUUUAAAUGUUGAGCGAGGGAGAGGAACUCUAUGCGAUCCCCUUGGGCCAGUGCAGUUUCGUGAGACUCUUCGUCCACGAGGGUCAAAGUAUCCGCGGAUGGCCUGGAAUUGGAAGUCGGUGUGCCGGGAGAAGUAUUUGAUUUUUAACUCGGGUGAAGCCUAACGCGGGUUAUGUGCGUGACGCAUGCCCACCCUCUUCGGGGGCGGAUUCUCCUCGCUCUCUUUAUUCUGAUCGCGAGUUUUACGCUCCUGUCAUCGGCGGUAGCGUUUCCCGACUGGACGGACUGCCCGGCCGUUUGUCGCUGCAAGUGGACUUCCGGUAAAAAGUCAGCGCUUUGCCCCGACGCGGGGCUGACCACGCUCCCCGCUUCCCUGGACCCGGAUAUGCAGGUGCUGGACCUCUCCGGUAACAAAAUCCUUUCGCUUCACGCGGACAUGUUCAAUCGCGCGGGUCUCCUGAAUCUGCAACGCGUGUUCCUGAGGAACGCCGGUAUAUCGAAAAUCGACAAGGACGCCUUCAGGGAUCUCGGUAUCCUCGUGGAGGUCGACCUAUCGGAUAACCUCAUCGAGACCCUCCACCCCGAUACAUUUCUUGGCAACGAGAGACUGAGGAUAUUGAUCCUGAGCGGGAACAAGCUCGUAAAACUUACGGGACCCCAGUUCCCGGAUCUCCCGCAUCUCAGGAACCUCGAGCUGCAACGGUGCUCCCUGAACGAGAUUCACAACCAGGCGUUCGCACGAGUCACAGGACUCGAGACUCUCAGGCUCGAGGGUAAUCACCUCGAGUACGUCGAGGCAUUGACGUUCCUCCCGUUGAUUCACCUCAAGACGCUGAGUCUCGACGGGAACCCGUGGAGCUGCGACUGUCGCCUUCGGAAAAUGCGUUCGUGGAUCACCCCCAACCGCUUGUACUCGGCUCCCCAAAAAUGCGAGUCUCCGUCGCGCCUCGAGGGUCGUCGUUGGGAGGACGUGAAGCCCCAGGAGUUCGCCUGCGGACCGGAAGCUCUCGUCACGGCGAAUUCAUUCCAGGAAGAAAUGAGCGGUAACCUGAGCCUCGCGUGCAUGGUAACGGGAGACCCGGAGCCCGAGGUGUGGUGGCAAUUCAACGGCAGUCCUCUCAACGUGACUCGCGGUGACCAGGUAUUCGUCACCGAGGAGACUUACAACGGGUUCCGCAAGUGGAACAACGUGACGCUCUACAACGCCAGCGAUUCGGACGCAGGCGAAUACAGCUGCGUGGCGAGCAACGUCGCCGGGGUGGCGAAAGACGCGAUAAGUAUCGUAAUACCGAGGGUCUACACGGCCCCGACGUUAUCCCAAACGGACACCUGGUUGCUCUGGGUGAGUCUGGCCGGGGGCGGUGCGGCCGCUCUUUGCGCGUCGCUCCUCGCCGUACUGCUCGCGGUAUGUUUAUGCGGUUCUCGUCAGAAGAGUAAACGCAAAAAGGUCAAGCUACAGGGCAGCGCCAGUUUCGGGGACCAGGAGAAGAAGCUGCUGGAUUUGUCGCUCACCACCACCACGAACGAGAGAAUAAGCGGACGAGCCAGUCUGGAGGCGGUCAGUAGCCCGGGUGACCUCGAACUCGCCGAGAGAAGCUCUUCGCUCUGCGACCCACCGGUAAACGUGACGAUCGAGAGGCACUGCAGGGACAUCCACAGCCAGCUGCCUCAAGUCUUUCCGCCACCCCCGGAAUUCACCACCAGUAUCCUGCCCGCCGGGGUUUUUGGUAAUAUUUUCAUAUCCGUUUCGCUGGCUCAAGACGGGGAACGUCGUUACCCGGACCUCUUGGAUAUCCCGGUCCACGCGAGCAUCUCCGAUAAAUCGAGCGGCCCCCCUCCGCCGAUACCGACGACGUCGAUCCUCUCGGGAUUCGCGACUCUGCCGCGAAGACCUCUCCGCGUGUCAGACCUCAGCUCACCCUACGACAAUAUGGGGCCCAGAGUAACGGCGACCGGAAGCUCAACUUUUUCCCUAACGGACCCCGAUCUCCGAUUAUCUCCGCCCCCACCUUCCCUGCUCAUUCAGCCACCUAUCGAAUUUGUUUCUCUGUAACAAAACUCAAGUGUAAAGUGUGCGACGUGUGUAGAAAAAGUGGGGUGUGUAUAUGCGUCUACGUUAUAUUAUAUCCGUUUCGUAUGAUAUACGUAAGCGCGAUGUGUAUACAAUUUAAUCGGCUGUCCUAAUAUUUGUUAGUUUAAAGAAAAGUAGGAGGAUGAGUAAGAGAUUGGAGUAAAAAUAAAAAAAGAGAGCAUAUAUAUUAUAGCGGGAGAAGAACGUCUCAUUGUAAAUAUUUCAUAAUUUCUCGAUUAAACAAAAAUGAAACAAAACCAAAACCAAAAAUAUGAAUAAGAGUAAAAGCAAAAAAAUACAAGAAAAAAACCCAAAAAAAAAACAAAAAAAAACCAAAAUUAAAUUUAAUAAGCAACUAAUAAUUAGUAAAAUAGAGUAUAUGAAUAUAUAUAUUAUAUAUAUAUUAUAUAAUACGAUUGGAGAAAUUAUCUUUCAUUCAUUUGAACAAUGUAUCACUAGUUUGUUAAACAUAAAUAAUAUAUAUUAUAUGUAAA